CGUUCCCGUUCCAGUUUCCAUUUCAAGUUUUCUGACGUUUGUGAUGUCAUCACGUGACGUCUACUGUCAAAAAGUUUUAUAGUGGUUAUAGGUUAAUUCGAUUCAUUUUAUUAAAUUAUUCAUUGAAAUCACUGGAAUCAACAACCUUGCGUGCACCGGUCUAAACCCUGGUUAUUGCGGCUUACGUACUGUGAGUUUAUAAUCGAUUCCGCGCAACGGUUAUCGAGUUAUCGUAUGUUUGCGUCCGAGGGAAAGAAAGCUGGUUAUUAGGCCGGUAGUAGGUCAAUGGUACGUUCGCUCGUGAGGAACUGGGUGCUGACGUAGCGGCAGACGCGUCUCGUCCGCGGCUGCCAGUCGACGCCGGCUUCUCGGACGACCCGUCCGCUCCCGCGCGGUACUCGCUCGCCUUGAUCGUGAAAGUUAUUGCACACGUACACAUAACACAACAAUGGGCAAUAAAGUGGAAAACGUCGGCAUUUUAGCCAUUGAUUUAUACUUCCCGUCGCAAUAUGUGGACCAAACCGAUCUGGAAGAGUACGACGAAGUCGCCGCCGGAAAAUACACAAUUGGACUGGGACAAAGCAAUAUGGGCUUCUGUUCUGACAGGGAAGAUAUCAACUCUCUCUGCAUGACUGCUCUCCACAGGCUGCUGAAGAGGAACAACAUUGACCUGCAUGAUAUUGGACGGCUGGAGGUCGGUACUGAGACUAUUAUAGAUAAGAGCAAAAGUGUGAAAUCUUUUCUUAUGACCUUAUUUGCCAAAGAAGGUGCUACGGACAUUGAGGGUAUUGACACAACAAAUGCUUGUUAUGGAGGAACUGCUGCUCUCUUUAAUGCUAUUAAUUGGGUUGAGUCAUCAUCAUGGGAUGGAAGGAAGGCAAUAGUAGUGGCUGGUGAUAUUGCAGUGUAUGGAAAAGGUCCUGCUAGACCCACAGGAGGUGCUGGUGCUGUGGCAAUGUUGAUUGGACCAGAUGCACCACUGGUGUUUGACUGUGGAGUAAGGGCUUCAUACAUGACACAUGCCUAUGACUUUUAUAAACCUGAUUUGUCUUCAGAGUUCCCCUAUGUAGAUGGAAAACUAUCAAUUCAAUGCUACCUCAGUGCUCUAGAUAAUUGUUAUAAUUUAUUCUGUAAGAAAAUGAGGAAAGUGGACCCUGAGUUCAAGGGUUUGCUGAGUCUAGACGGGAUGCUGUUUCAUACUCCAUAUUGCAAACUUGUUCAGAAAUCAUUAGCAAGAGUUUCCUUUAAUGACUUUUUGAAUGCAUCACUAGAGGACCGUGAGAAACAGUUCCCAGGACUCUCUCAAUUCGACAACCACAGUAGAGAGGAAACAUACUUUGACCGGGAGGUAGAGAAAGCUUUCAUGACAUAUAGCAAAGAUUUAUUUGAAGAAAAAACUAAACCGUCACUACAUAUAGCGCGUAAUGUAGGAAACAUGUACACUGCAUCAUUGUAUGGAGGUCUUGCAUCAUAUUUAAUAAGUAAAUCACCGGAUCAAUUAAUUGGCAAGAAGUUUGGAUUGUUUUCAUAUGGAUCUGGGCUGGCCUCUACAAUGUAUUCAAUAAAUAUUUGUAAAGACAUGAGUGCAGGGUCUAAGUUGGCAAAGUUAAUCAAUUCCCUUCAUGAUUCAUUAUCUAUGUUAGAUAAGAGGAUAUGUGUGCCACCUACGGAGUUUUCAGAGAUAAUGGAUGUGAGGACAAAGAACUACCACACAGCCCCAUAUGAGCCAUCCGGUCCCAUUGAUGUGUUAUUCCCUGGUACCUAUUACCUUGUUAAAAUUGACGACCAAAGAAGGCGCACAUAUAAUAGAAAAGAUUGAUGUAUGUCUUCUUUCUGGUCAUACUUGUGCUUGGGUUUAAAAAAGCCACAUUGAAGCAAUUCAUCUAAAAAAAGCAAUAUCACUAUAUUUGAUAUUUAUUUGCAUUGUGCACUUAACAUAUUAAAUUAUAUUAUAUCUGCAAAUGUCAAAUUGCAAUAUUGCUUUUUUUGGUGAAUUGCUUUGAUGUAGCCUUUUUAACUCCCCUUAACUAUGAAUGAAUAUGCACGAAUUGGUUGCGUAAAUUAUUUACUAACUUAUUGGAAUAAUAGUAUGUGAAUGAAUAAACUAAUUAAAGUACUAUGUAACAUAACAAUGAAUUUGGCGGAUUUUUUGUACAGACUUUGUGAAUAUUGGUUCUAUUGUUGCUGUUUGCCCUGAAUGUAAUAUGGCGUGAAGAUAAGUGGGAAGCACAAGUGUGGCCCAAAAUAUUGUUAUUUAAUUUGAAUGGGGCAAGAUUGGUAAAAGGGUCAAUGGGUAAAAAAUUGGCAUUGUUUUUGUAUUUAAAAUAUCAACAGCAUAUACCUAAAUAUUGCAGGGUUUCUGUUGUUUUUAUAGUUCACUUAAUGCACUGGAGUAGUGCUAUGUAGCUUUAAUUAUAACUUUUUGUUUACAAAGUUAUAAAUCACCAUGGAACAUGAAUUGUGUUAAAUAUUUUUGUGAAUUGGUAUUGUUUUAUAUGGAUGUAGUUAUAUUGGUUGUAAAGGUAUUGGAUUUAUUUAAAUAAAUUUUAUGUGUGCAAUGUU